GUCAGAUGCACUUUGACACACCAGACAAGAAAUAUCACAGAGACGGCUGCCCAUCGUGUAAACGCGUGUAUUUACACACUCGAGAAGUCACACACUCAAUCGGUUACUCGGUCGGCGGGCGAGGGGACCGAGGGCGAGGAAGGGAGGCAUGCCGCGAGGCGGGCUCGACGGCUUCCGCGGCGGGCCGGACAUGUCCGGGGCGGCCCUACUUUUCCGGGUGCCGCUGACAGGCGGGCGGUGCUUCGGUCGUACAAACAUGGCCUCCAUGAUGGAGCGUCGACUGCAACUUUAGCGUUUUCCUUCACCUCGCGCGACUCGCCGAAAGCCAAACGCGACGAGCCCCGACGCCAUGAGCGGGGAUACGACGGGCGACUCGCUGUGACCGCAGCGGCAAACGCGCGCUGGUGCUCGCACAAGUUGUGUGUCAACACGUCGCUUGAGCUCGGCAGCAAGCUGGAGAGCAAAAGAAGGAGAACCGCGUCCAACCCCAGAAUGCCCUCAGAGGACCGAAGAGCGCCACCUCCUGUCACUCGGGCCGGACGCAAAGCCGCCGCGUCGGAGAAGCGGCCUCGCGGGCGACCUCGCAGAGAUGGCGUAGGCAGCCGCGGUGCGCCUCCCUUUCAUCUUCCUCCUUCAACCUCCCCUCUGCCUCCCCCUUCUCCCAAAUCCAGGAAGAAGGGGAGGAGUCGAGGCCAAGCCCAAGUGGAGGAUGAAGAGGGCGUGGACAUAACGGAUAAAAUGCGUCCUCUUCGGAAGAUGGCAGUAGAGGUGACGACUGGACAUCAUGGCUCCGCCUCCAGGAGGAGCUCCAACACCGCCCCCAGCGUCCCCGGAACCCCUCCCGCCGACCCAGCUGUUAAUUUGGCCCCACCCCCGACAUCGAUCUCAGAGGAGGAGCCCCCUCAAGCCGCUCCCGACGCCCCUCCCGGUCCGCCGCGCAGCCCGGCUCCCGGCCCGAAUGCCGACGUGGGCGGAGCCAGUCUGGCCUCCAGCCCCGCGCAGUCGCCCGGCCCGCGCCCGGAGGACGACGACAUGCCGUCGCCGCUCUUACGACGCUCCAUGUCGGAAGACUCCGGCUCGCCCACGCCCAGCCUGGGACUCACCGAAAGACGCCUACAGCAGUGUGCCUUCUGUUACCGCGGCGAGCGACCCCCUCUGGGCCAAGGCCCGUUGGUGGUGUUUGGACCCACGCCGGGCUACGUCCCGCUUCACGUCCUCAGCCGCAGAACGUCCUCGGACCGCGACGGCGAUUGUCACGACCACUGCUACCCGCGCAGCCACGCCGUGCACAUGAAGAGCAACAGCCCAGCGCAAUGUGACGACGAGUCUUCCUUCCAGUUGCUGGAGCAGCUCGGAGCCAUCGGCCUCCCGCACGACAUCGAUGUCCAAUCACUGUUUGAUCCCACGGGUCAAUGCUGCGCUCACCUUCAGUGCGCAGCCUGGUCUGAGGGCGUGCGUCGCGGCGAGGGCCAAUCGUUGCUCUACGUCGACAAAGCCAUCGACUCGGGAAGCACGCAGGCGUGCGUGUUCUGCGGCGGUCUCGGAGCGUCGCUGCGUUGCCGCGAGACGGGCUGCGGGCGGAGCUACCACUUCCCAUGCGCCGCCGCCGCCGGAGCUCAUCAGGACUGGGAGCAGAGACGCACGCUGUGCACGAGACACGCGCAUGCGGAGUCUCGGUCCUGCGUGUCGUGUUCACUCGGCGACAAUGUCGGCAGUCUGUUGAUGUGCUGUUGCUGCGGCAACCGAUACCACGCACGAUGCUUGGCCCCGCCCCUGACUCCCUCCUCCCUCAUCCGGGCUGGCUGGCAAUGUGUUCCGUGUCGAGUGUGUCAAAGCUGCAGGCUGCGAGAGGACACGUCGGUGUUGCUGGUGUGUGCUCGCUGUGAUAAAGCUUACCACGCGCACUGUCUGACUCCCCCAUUGAAUCACACUCCAGACAGUAACUGGAUCUGCCAGAGCUGUCGAGUGUGUCUCCGCUGCGGCGUGAGGUCGUCAGGUCACUGGGCCAAUCACCCCUUCCUUUGUGCGUCAUGUGAUCCAGCUUUGCCUUGUGGCGUGUGUGGCCACACGCCCGAUUUGUACUCGCUGCAGGACUAUGUGACGUGCAUCUGCUGCUACAGGUGUGUUCACACCCAGUGCAUUUCCGCCGAGGAAGGCAUCGGAGCAACCAAGCGUGACGGCCAAAGUUACGUUUGUCCCGCCUGUCGGCCUCGGGGUGCGGAGCGAGCAGCACCCGCGCUGGUCUUGCACAGUCCUGCCCAAGACCUCCAACUCACACCCACACAUGCGCCAGAUUUUCCAAAUCCUACUGAGGUUCUCCCCGUUAGUACUACUGCUAACAGCCCGGUUCAUCUCUCGAGUUCAGAGCAGACUCAGACUCCAACUGAGAUUACAAGACUGUCACACGACAUUCCAGUAGCUUCUCCUUCCGGCGCCGCAGAGCUCCAGCAAAGUCCAACUCGGCCUCCUACCAGCCCUCCAGAGCAAAAGCCAAGUCCGCCGGUUUCAGCGCCUAGCUCAAUAGAGCUAAAACCAAAUCCGCAGUCGUCUCCUUCUCAUGAUACAAAGCCACAACAAAGACUAAGUCUAGAGCAAACUCCUUACCGCUCAGAAGGAAGUCUCGAACGGUCUCCCUCUGACCACCCAGACCCUAAUCAAAGUCCAGAGUCACCGUCUGACCCCACAGAACUCAGACUGAGGCCACCACAAUCUCCAUCCAAUCCAACAGACCUCCAGCAAAGUUUAGAACAAUCUCCAUCUAAUUUGACAGAUCUGAGACAAAGUCUAUUGGCAUCACCUGCAAACCUCUCGGCGUCACCUCGUAGUCCACCGCCACCAUCUUCCUUGAACCACUCGGCGCUUCACAAAAGUCCUUCUUACGGUACUGAGCCGCAGGCAAGUUUAGAAACGGCUCCCUGUAGCCCAACACCGUUUCGUGAAAGUCCAGCGCAGUCUCCAUCCGAGCACACAAACCUCCAACCUUUGAAGUCUCAGCAAGCAGAGCUCCAACUAAGUCCCGUUUCAUUUAUUCCCAACACUGAAGCAGUCCAGAAAAGCCCAGUGCGAUCUCCUUCAAAUGCCACAGAUCUGUAUCUCAGUCCAUUGCCAUCUCCUUCUAAUGUCACGGAGCUCCGUCCAAGUGCCGUCCCGUUUUCAUUGGAGCCCACAGCAUUCCGGCCACCUCCGGUCCAAUCUCCGAUUAGGAACACUGAGCUACGGCAGAGUCCACUCUCAUGUUUUAAAGUCACAGAGUUCCAACAGAGCCCAAGACCAUCCCCUUCUAGUGUCACAGACCUCGGUUUAAUUCCGCUCUCAUCUACGUCAAAGCCCACAGACCGCCCACAAAGUCCACUAACUUCUACUAACGUGCAGGAUUUCCAUCCAAGUCCUACCCAAUCUCCUUCUAAUGCUACUGCUCUCCAUCCAAAUCCAGGCCCAUUUCCUAUGGUCACGGAGAUCCAGCAAACUGCAACGCCAUCUCCUUUUAAAGUCACAGAGCUCCAGCAAAGUCCAUUACCAUCUCGUUCUAACACAUCAGAUCUUCAAGCAAAGCUUCCCCCUUGUAAAACCGACGAGCUCCCGCGCAGUCCAGUUCCAUCUCCUUCUGACACCAAAGAAAUCCUGCAGUGUCCAACACCAACUUCUUCUAAAAUCACACAUCUUCAGCAAAGUCCCAUACCAUAUUCACCCAAGGCCACAGAGUUUCAUCAAAAUCUAGUCAGCUCUCCUAUCAAUGUCACGGAGCUCCGUCGAAGUCCAGUCCCGUCUCCUUUGAACAUUAAAGACCUCCAGCAAAGUCCAGUCCCUUCUCCUGUGAUCAGAGCCGAGCCCCAACAAAGUCCAGCAACAUCUCCUCCCAAGGUCACAGAAAUCCCACAUGGGGCAACACCAUUGCCUUCUCAGACCCAAGACCUCCAACAAAGUUCAAAAUCAAUUCCUUCCAAUGUCACCAUGAUCCGCCACAGUCCGGUGCCGUCUCCUUCGAGCAUCGCAGAGCUCCAUCAUAGUGCGGUAACCUCUCCCUCUCACAUCAGAGAGCUUCAUCCAAGUCCACCAACAUUUCCCUCUGAUGUCACAAAUCUCCCGAGUCCAGGAACUUCUCCUUGCGACGUUACACGGCUCCGUCAGAGUCUGGCAACAUCUCCUCCUCAAGUCAUAGAAAUCCCGCACUGUGAACCACCAUCUCCCUCCAAGGUCACAGAGCUCCCUCCAAGUCCAACAACAUCUCCUAACGUCACUCAGACCCAGCGCUGUCCGACACCAUGGCCUCCUGACGUCGCAGAGCCCCAACAAAGUCCAGCAACAUCUCCUCCGAAUAUCACAGAGCUUCAACGCAGUCCAAAGCCAUCUUCUCAUGUCAUACAGCUCCCUCCGAAUCCAAUCCCAUCUCCGUCUGUCACCGAAGUCCCACAAAAACCAUUUCCAUUUUUGUCCACGUCCACAGCGCUGCCUCAAAUCCCGCUGCCAUCUCCUUCUGAUCUCACCAACGCAAGACUAAAUCCAGUCUCAUCUCAAGCAAUUCUCACAGAGCUCCAGCUAAGUCCAGCAACAUCUCCCUCAGUCCCCGCAGAACUCCAUGAGAGUCAAGUGCCGUUGCCCUCGAGAGCCACAGAGCAUUCACAGAAUUUCAACGAAGCCCGAGAACCCUCCGCGCCUUCUUAUACUUGUGGAGCAGAUCUCGAAGAAGGUGCACUGCAAUCUCUUCCGUGUCCAGCUGAGCUUCUAAUGAGCCACCUGCGCUGCUCUGAGAAUGCAGAACUCCACGAAUGUCCUGCCAUGUCUCAUCUUUAUCCAAUCCAAGUCAAGAAAGACCCACAAGCCAAUCAUGUUCCUUGGGACUACCAGGACAACCACGGCACCUCUCCAAGAACUCCCUUGAGUUCAACACCCCCCGUGUUGCCUUCUGUUGCUUUGGACCUGCAGCAACGCGCUGUCCUUUUGACCUCCGCACCAUCCGAACAUAGUCCUCCAUCCAGUCCUCCCAUUGAGUCGAGUAGGGAAAAGCCGGAAAACAGAGCGUCUCCGAAAGGUCCGGUUCGGGGUGAUACGAUGUCUGAGCUUAGUCCGUGUGGAAUGGAUGAUGACGAAGCAAAGCCCGUGAUCAUUUCGCCAGACAGCCGCGUGCAAGAUGACUGCUCCCAGCCGACGAGACCCCUUAGGCCUGCUGAUGAACUGCUGCAGGUCCAGACUCAUCAAGCGGAAAGCUUUCCUGAGGCCCAAAGUCCUACGCUAGCCGGAAGAUCCCCCUCGCAGGGUCAUAAACCGGAUGUCGAAACAGCCCUGGAUCGGGAGAGCGAUUGCUCUCCUUUCAUAGCUUGUAAACUUGAGCGGGAUCUCUCUCCAGGCAGCAAACCCUCAGCAUGCAGGCCCGGUACUGUUGCCGGUAGCCCAUCGAGAGCCCCCUUGAGCUCCACCCCGUGUAAUCUGUCGCAGCCCAUUAGUCCAGCUCCGCAACCUGCCAGGCCUUUGCAACCGGGGGCGGUCGCUCACCAGUCUUUUGCACAAUCGAGCGUCUCUCAAGGCGGCGGCGGAGGCACCGAACUUAGUCCCGGGGACAUUCCGCCCAAUGGAAGCAUGGAUAAUAGCCAAACACUGGAAUCUGGUCUUUGUAGCUCUGCCACUGUCACGGUCGAACCCGCGCCCCUUUCCCGUCCGCAGAGUGAACCCGAUGAUCUGCCGUCGCCCGCACCGGCAAGCCUUGUUCACCAAAGCGCUUCAGUGGACCGUAGUAGCCCCUCUCCUGUGUCUUGUGAUGCUGGGACCGCGGAGGGUGUUCCUUGUCAUUUCAACGAUUCUCUUGACUGCACGUCGCAAAACCCCACUGGUCCCGUACAUAUCCAUGCCGGAGCCAGAGGUCCUGCCGACUCGCUUCACGCCCCGUAUGACUUGAUGACAGACGCCGUUGAACGUUUACCGGGCGGGAUGGGUCCUUCAAGCCAAGCAGGUAGCCCCGCGAUGUCAGCAGACCGCUCUUCCCAACCAUGUGCCAGCCCCUCAUCAUUGGACGCCACCUCACCUCAGACGGCAGUUAACCAUGGCGAGUUUGAAAAGAGUCCCGCUUCAGCGGGUGACCGCAGUCCAGCUGGCUCGCUGUAUGAUCCGGAACUUUUACAGCUCCCGCAGACUGGCCCGUCCAGUCUCUCCGCCGUUCCGACGUGCAGCCGCCCCACAGACUCCAAGCCUUCCCAUUCGACUAGAGUUAGUCCUCCACACAGUAGAUACGCAGGCGACGGCUCUGAUGGUCACGCUCCGAUCAAAAUUGACGCGGAGGCCAGUGGCUGCUCGAGCGACCCAAGUUCCUUAAAAACAUGUGCGACAUUCGGCAGCCCGACUCCAGCGCGGGCUGCUGAAACGUGUCCCGGUAGCCUCACGGGUAGCACGCGUUUGAGCCCUGAAGCGGACGCGCAGGCCGGCUCCCCGGAACGGAAUUCACUCGGGCGUGAUUGCGCUCCGGGUUUAUCUCCACCUUACCAGCUCGGCGGCUCGUUUGCCGCUAGCCGGGCUAGUACGGCUGACCCGAGGCGGUUUCCAGCACCGUUAAGCCCCUGGAAUGACAGACCAGCCAGCGGUCCCACUCAGGAACACGCCAACGUGCCUGAAACCGGAUGUCCUGGUCAAACGCAAGCGAGAACAGCAUGCCGGAGCCAGCUUGCUGAUUCUUUGCGGCCGGAUAAUGCACAGAUUUCAGAAAGUCUUGAGGAGCUCGAGUCCAGUACGGGGUCAGCCGUUCCUACUCGCGUCGGGUCAGAAAGCGGCCCCUGUCUCGCGGCUCCCACUUCUGCGUUCCUGUGUGAGGGGGAGUCAACAACCACUUUGGCCACCACAGACCAGGCCGACCCACUUUGUUCACGCCGCUACCUUCCUGAGAAGACGGAAGGAGAAGUGCCAGACCGGGAGCACGAUAAGCAGCUGAUAGAUGCGCAGAAGAUGUCGCGGCGCCAAGAGGAGAAGGAGGUCCAAAGCCAGGAGAAGAUGAAGGAGCAACACCAGGAAGAGAUUGAGGUGGAGCGGAUGCAAGAGGAUAAUCGGGACCAGCGCCAGGCGGAGGAGAACUGUGAGGAGCUCCCAUCAGUACUCCCGCUAUCAGCCGAUGAGCCUGCUGCGGCAUCCGCCUUCUUCUGCGCUCCCCCCUCGCAGUCCUCACCUAACCUGAGUGGUUCCCCUGCGCCCUCGCCGCCCGCCUUUCCCCAUUGGGGCGUUACCUCCGAGACGUUCCUCCCCCUGCCCGACGCGCCCUCGGAAUGGCCACAAGGCGACCGGUCACGCUCCCGCAAGACGCUCGAAGCCGCCAAAGAUGUUACAGGCCAAUCCCACGUCGGCUCAUCGGAGAGGGACGAGUCGACUCCUGACGCGGCAGCAAAUCGGGAGGGGGCGAGGCAGAGUAGCAGUGACGGGGAGGGGGAGCAGGAACCAACUUUAGACGCGGAGGUGAUGAAGCUGAUGUGCUCGUCGUCUCCCAGCGCCUCCCCCUGCCACCCGCCCUCCCUCACACCUCCCCCACUCAGCACGCGGAGUCUCAGGCCUCCUCCUCGCUCCGUUCCGCCAUUGGACGAGCUGUCCAUCCGCCUCAGGCAGUCUCCUUUCUCCACAGAGGCCUCGCCCGAGACCUCGCCCACGCCCACGCCCAUCAGGGUGUCCCUCACCCCUCCGCCCCUCUCCCCUCCCUCUCCGCCCCUCAGCUUCAGCCCACCGUACAGGGAGUCGCCGCCCCUCUGCAAGACGCUUCCGUCCACGGUGAUUCCGCUCACCCGUAAGAUCGGCAUGGGCAAACCCGCCAUCUCCAAGAGGAAGUUCUCGCCCGGCAGGACCCGCGUCAGGCAGGCUUCGUGGUGGAGUAAUGUGAGGGCGGUGAGCCCCCCCUCGUCCUCCCAGGACUCUCCGGGCGAGGGGGGCCCGGACAGCCCCAAGUCCCGUCGAGCGGACUCGCCCCUAUGGAGCAUGAGAGCGGGUCGUGGCUCGGGCUUUCCUGGGAGGAGGAGGUCCAGGGGAGGAGGGGGUAUCGGAGGAGGACGAGGGGGACGAGGAAGGAGUCGAAUUAAGACGCAGGACUUUGUUCCCGUCUCGCCUACGUACGGCUCGGUGGAGUCGGCCCCGCCCAAGGAGGAGGAGGAGAACUCCAUGCACAACACGGUGGUCAUGUUCUCCACCUCCGACGUCUUCACACUCAGACAGGAUAUGUGCGUGGUGUGCGGCAGCUUCGGUCGGGGAGCGGAAGGUCGACUGCUGGCGUGUUCUCAGUGCGGCCAGUGCUACCACCCGUACUGCGUCAACGUCAAGGUCACUCGGGUCAUCCUGACCAAAGGGUGGCGCUGUUUGGAGUGUACGGUGUGCGAGGCGUGCGGCCAGGCCACCGACCCCGGCCGGCUGCUGCUGUGUGAUGACUGCGACAUCAGUUACCACACGUACUGCCUGGAGCCGCCCCUGCACACCGUCCCCAAGGGGGCCUGGAAGUGCAAAUGGUGUGUGUGGUGCGUCCAGUGCGGCUCGGCCUCGCCCGGGCCGCACUGCGAGUGGCAGAACAACUACAGCCGCUGCGGACCCUGCGCCAGUCUCACCUGCUGCCCUCUCUGCCAGAGAGCCUACACGCAUGAUGACCUCAUUCUGCAGUGUCAGCAGUGUGACCGGUGGGUGCACGCAGUCUGUGAGGGUCUGACAUCUGAAGAUGAGGUGGAGGUCGCCGCCGAUGAAGGUUUCGACUGUUCACUGUGCAGAACACGCAGUCGCAUCCCAUACGGGAGGCCUGACAAUUUGGACAUGGUUCAGAUCCUCUCAAGAACCCGAGAAGCAGACACAAAGACCUACCGUCAAGACGGCGUAUUUCUGACAGAGUCGGGCCUCUCUCAGCUCCAGUCCCUGGUUGAGCCUUUGACCUCGACUCGUAGGUACCGCAGGUGCAAACCCAAACUGAAGUUGAGGAUCAUUAACCAGAACAGCGUGUCUGUCCUGCAGACCCUGCCCGACCCGGACGCAGGUCACGUGGAGUGUGAGAUCAAGUCAGACUCCAGCCCCGAGAGAGAGCAGGCACCCGAGGAUGAUGUCAGCAAAGACCUAGUGAAAAGGAAGAGGAAGCCCUACCGGCCAGGUAUCGGAGGCUUCACGGUGCGGCAGCGAGGCGGCAAGGCGGCCGCCGGCGUCAUCAAACGUUGCAGUGAGACACCGCAGGGAGAUGAAGGUGACGUGACCCCAAGUGAAGACCGCGCGCUCUUUGGCCCGUAUCCUCAUCCUCGUCGUCCUCUUGCAGAGGGAGCCGAGCAGACCGCAGACAAGGUGAAGAAGAGAUACAGAAAGAAGAAGACCAAGCUGGAGGAGGCCUUUCCGUCUUAUCUACAGGAAGCGUUCUUUGGUCGGGAUCUUCUGUAUCGCAUUCGUCAAGUGGACCAGAGGAUCCUGUCGGAGGCGGCGAGGGUCAGCCGGUCGGGAGCGGUGGAUAGUAAAGGCCCCGCCCCCUCGGAAAAUCGCAUGGACGCCAAGCAGGAAAGGCCGCCGUUGUCGGACGAGGCGCUGGCGGAUCUGUGUGACGUUCUCAACACUCAUCCUCAUAUUGUGAGCGGCGGACACGCAGCCGGCCCGGACAUCAACGAGCCCUCGGUGACCUCCGAGCUGACGGGAAGCGGCGGGCAAGGUCAGAAAGCGUUGCACGAAGAGCCUCUGGAUGCCAUCUUAAACCCGGAGCUGGACAAGAUGGUGGCAGACGGUGCCCUCCUCAGCAAAUUGUACAAGAUCCCAGAGCUGGAAGGGAAAGACGUGGAAGAGCUUUUCACCGCCGUGCUCAGCCCGGACGGCGGCCAGCAACACGAGCGACCCACGCACGCUGGUGCCGGCAGCAAAACGUACUCGCGCGCGGCGCUUGAAGGAAACGUGGUCGUUGAAUGUGGCGUGUCGGCAGGCGCCGGGGCAUUUCCUCGCCCGGCCCCGCCGAACGGCCUGGCGGGCGGCGCUCCCGACCUGCGGCGCUCGGGCCCGACGACGGGGGUUCCCGUCUGCGGCGGCGCCGUCCCCCGCCGUUCCCCGGCCGACCAGAGGGCGGCGGAGGGCGAGCGCGACACCAUGUCGACGGCGCAGAGGAGCAUGAUGAAGUGGGAGAAAGAGGAGGCUCUCGGGGAGCGGGCCACGGUGGCGCCUGUGCUUUACUGCAACACCAACUUCCCCCAGCUGAGAGAGCAGUAUCCUGAGUGGUCCACGAGAGUCAAGCAGAUUGCCAAGCUGUGGAGGAAGGCCAGCUCUCAGGACAGAGCGCCCUAUGUGCAACGCGCGCGGGACAACCGUGCGGCUCAGCGCAUCAACAAGGUCCACGUGUGCGCCGAGCCCCCGAAGCAGCCGCUCCACGACCGCGUCCGCCCGGACGCCGCCGACUCGGCCCCGAAAGAUCCGUUCAGGCCCAGAGAGUCGGAGCGGGAGCAGGAGUGGAAGUUGAGACAGGGAGAGGUAAAAGACAGAUGGCGAGCCGGUAAGAAGAGGCAGGAAAAUACAGAUAAAGGUUGUCCCUUCCAGGCAUCUCUAGCGGGAGGUGGCAAAGAGGCUCCGCAAAUGCGUGAGAAGAGCAAGCAACUGGCCAAGAUGGAAGCCAGUCAGAAGCUGGAGCAGGUGAAGAGCGAGCAGCGGCAGCAGCAGCAGCAGCAGCAGCAGCUCUCGGCCAGUCAGCGGGGGGGCACCUCGCCGGACGCGGCGGGCCGCCACGGCCUCCUGCGGGGCUCGUCGCCGGCCGACGACGUCUUCCUCAGGCCGCAAGCGCCGCCACCUUCCGGCUACUCGUCCCAUCCGCAUUCCCCCCGCUCCCCUCACUCCUCCUCCUCCCCCCAGAUGUUCUCCCCCCCUUCAUCCCGCCCCGCCUCUCCCCGGGACCCCUGCAACACUCCUCGGCCCCCGCUCGGCACCUCCCCCGCCCGAGACGCCUCGGGGUCUCCCGUGCCCUCGCCGGAUUCCAAAGCCUGCGACGCUUCACGGGCGCUCGCGCUCCAGCCGGGCCUGGAGCACAGCAGAGCGGCUAUGAAGAGCCCCCCCUCGGGCUCCCAGGUCUACCCUAGGUCUCCGGUUCAAGGGGGCUUGUUUAAAGCUCCCAUGCCGCCCCAAAACCAGCCGCUGCAGGAAUUAUUUGACGGCGCGGCUCUUUCCGACCCCGCUCUUCACCCGCAGCUCGGCUCCCCUCGGUGCAACACCUACGCGCCCGCGCCGCGUAACCCCGGGGGCGACUACGACCAUCAAACGGCCGAGCCCUUCGUCCGGCGGUCGUCUUUGUCCGACACCUACGCCGACCCCCCCGCCUCCGGCCCGCAUGGCGACGCCUCGUACCUUGGUCUGGAGCGCUCGAAUACGGCCAGUGGGCGCCACUUCCGCCCCUCGCUUCCCGCGCACUUGCCCGGAUUGCCGGGCAGCGCUCUGACCUUGGACCGUUACGCCCAGCGAGCCUCCACCCCCGACCCUCAGAAGACCCCCGAAGCGGAGACUCCUCGGCUCGUGCCGUCUCCUCUCGGUGGCGAGCCGGCGACCCGCAAGCAGCAGGACCGCUUUGCCGGGACCGCCGGGACGUCCGACCGCGGAUCGGCGGCGGCGGCUCACGCGACCGCCGGAGCUUCGCCCGUGGUCAAGAUGGCGGCCGAUGACAUGGUGGCAGUGGGCGCGGCUUCCUCAGAGGGAGCGCCGGGCUUGCUCCCGCAGCUCGGCGACUCGGAGGAGAAACUGAGACAGCGUCAGAGGCUGCGCCAGCUCAUUCUGAGGCAGCAACAACAGAAGAGCGCCACGCGGCAGGAGAAAGGCGUCCACGGCGGACCCGCGCCCGCUCUCGGUCCGGCCCCCGGCUCGGCGACGCCCGGCCACUGGCCCCAGGGCGUCGUGGACGAAGCGCUCGCCGAAGUGUUGGGACGUCCGCCGCCGCCUUACCCCGGCACGUUGCGCCUUCCCGGGCCGGGAGCCUUUCCGGUGGAACGGCUCGGAGGUCCGGCCCCCAAAUCAUCUUUGAGCCCCGCGCGGAGAGGAACGCCGUCGAGGUUCGGUCCCCUCAAUCCCUUCCCGCACCCUCCCCCGGUAUCGGUGCUCGGGGCCCCCGCCCGGAUGAGGAAGCCUCUCCCGGGCGAGCCGGUCGCCGCCGGCCCGCAGCGUCUCGACUCGGCAGCCGCCCCCCGGGCCUUUCCCGUCCCCGCGCGGCAACACGGCGUCAUGGGCCAGCCCUACAUCGAGCUUCGCCACCGCGCCCCGGAGAACCGCCUGAGGCUGCCCUUCCCCCUCGUUGCCGAGGCGCCGCCGCCGAGCGCCCGGGCGCGGGGGAUUGCGGCGGGCCAGCCUGCGCUCCUGACGGUGCAGCUGAACCAGCAGGAUCAACGCAACCCGCUCCACGCGGCGGCGCGGGGCAACAACAUGGCGCUCCAGGGGGCCGAGGGCAUGGAGGAGCACCUGGAGGGCGUGGAGUCUGCCGUCAAAGAUCUGGAAGAUGUGGAGGUGAAAGACCUAGUUGACCUCAAUCUCAACCUGGAUCCCGAAGACGGCAAAGAAGAUCUGGACCUGGGUCCGAACGACCUCCAUCUCGAUGACUUCCUGCUGUCGGGGAAGUUUGACCUGAUCGCUUACGCUGACCCUGAGCUCGACCUGGAGGACAAGAAGGACAUGUUCGCCGACGAACUCGACCUCGGGGAGUCUGUCGGUGACCUCAAGCAGGGGGCAUCCCAAAAGACGGACGACCGCACCGACUCGAGGGGUCGGGUGAAAGAAGAAAACCCGGAGAGAAUCCAGGUGGAUCACCCGACCCCGGACGGGGUCUUUGGACUCGCCGGAGCUUCUGCGCCUGCGGCAGGCUCCGACCUGCCCGGCUCCGCUUUGCACCUUCCCAAGGUGGAAUCGAAGGGGUGCGGCAUUUUGCCCCAAGCGCGAGGACAAGGAAAAAUUGCGUCUUGCGUCCCGACCCCUCCGCCGGCUCCAGGUCCGCAGGGCAGCUCGCAGCAGGGCGCGGCCGGACCCGGCUCGGCUUACCUCGCUCUGCGGCCGCCGCCUUCCGGGCACGGUCCCGUUCCUCAGGGUGUCCCCCUCGACUCGCCGUCCCUCCAGCUCCCCCGGCCUUGCCUCCUGCUCAACCCCAAUGCGCAGCCCCUUCAGCGGGAAGCGUCGGCUCAGGGCCAGGAACAGGAACGGGAGCAGAUCCGGAACCAAAACAAGGGCAAACCCCUGCUCCUGGAGGAGCAGCCUCUCCUGCUGCAGGACCUCCUCGACCAGGAGCGGCAGGAGCAGCAGCAGCAGAAACAGAUGCAAGCCCUGAUCGGACACAAGUCCGCCCCGGAGCCCGGAAUCCUCGAUUUGGCGGACUUUGAUUCCGUCUCGGAUCCCAUCAUGAAGGCCAAGAUGGUGGCUCUGAAGGGCAUUAACAAAGUCAUGAGCCAAGGCAACCUGGGCCUCAACAACAUGGUCAUCAACAGGUUUCAUCCGGCCCCUCCUGCCGCUGCCGCCGCUGCCCAGGCCGCCGCGAGUCAGCCUCCUCUACCAGUGGCACAGGAUCCCGACGCGGACCCUCAGCCGGCGCGGCCCGACCCACCCGGCUUCGGAGCCGGCUUCAUCGGCGAGUCGCUGGCGAUGUCGGCGACGCGCGCUUGUGACGCGCUCGCCGCAGACGACUCUCGGAGGCGUCAGUAUGAGGAGUGGUUGGGGGAGACGCAGCGGCUCCUGCGGAUGCAAGAGCGCCUCCUGGAGGAGCAGCUCGGCACCCACCGCAAGACCAAGAAGGCGCUGUCGGCCAAGCAGAGGACGGCCAAGAAAGCGGGCCGCGCGCUGGCCGAGGACGACGCCGCCCAGCUGGGCCGCGUGCUCGAGCGGCAGGCCGCCGUCCAGAAGCAGCUGGAGCAGAUCCGGAGGCAGCAGAAAGAUCACGCGGCGCUCAUCGAGGACUACAGGAGCAAACGGCAAGAGCGGAGGCCUCUGUCCAACGCGCCCGCCACCGCCGCGCUCCCCCAGCCUUUGCAGAGCGCCGUCCGGGACGUCCCUCCCACUUGGUCGCCCUUGAUGGGGCGCACGUUGGCGUCUCACACGCCGACGAGCGCCGGGGUUUCGGCCGCGGCGAGCUUCGCCUCGGCCGUCGGGGGACCCGCCGCGGGCCACGGGGGGGUCUCUCCGCGCGACGCAUCGGCCCCGGCGCCUCAGGUUAAAUUUGAUGACAACAACCCAUUCAGUGAGGGUUUCCAGGAGAGGGAAAGGAGGGAAAGACUGAGAGAGCAGCAAGAGCGACACAGAGUGCUACUCAUGCAGCAGGGGGCGGAGCGCCAUCGGAUGUCGCAGCAGCAGAGGCCGGAUCCGGUCCAGCCGCGCGCCGCGGGGCCGGCAGUGGGCGGCGGGAUCCUAGGCCCCGCCCCCGGCGGCGACGCUUUCUCGCAGGUGCCUUUCUUCAGUUCCGAGCUGCCCCAGAAAUUCCUCCAGUCACCCCCCGGCACGCCGGGGGGCCAGACGGGGCCGCCGUUCCCUCCGCCGCGGCGGGGCCGCACGGGGGGGCUCGGCCCGGCCGGCGCCUCCCCGGAGCGGGGCGGGCUCUCGCCCGACCCGCCCCCGUCGGCUCUGGCGCCGUCCACGGAGCUGGAGAGGCAGCUGUCGGCGUGCUCGGCGAGCCGGGAGAGAGGCGCUCCGGUGGCCGCUGACUCUCCCGGAGCCCUCCUCUGCGGGAGCCACGCGCAGGUCAAGGAGGAGCGUGAGGAGCGAGGCGAUCCCGCACAGUCCGAGUGCGCCGACCCCGGGAAAGAGCUGCUCCGCCACCUGCUGAAAGAAAAAGCCCUGGCGUCGCCCGGCGUCCACCGCGGGCUCUCGGCCGAAAGCGCGCGCUCCGAGGACGAGGACGGCGAGGCUUUCCCCGAGCGCGCGACGACGGGCCCUCCCGGCGUCUCGGACGCGUCGUCCGGGAAGAGGCCCCGCAGCUGCAAACGAGCCGGAGACAAAAACGUGAGCAAGUGCAAGAGGCGGCGGCGAGAGGACGAGGAGGAGAACGACGACGCGCUCAGCUGCUCGUCUUCUGCCUCGGAGCCGCCGAUGACGCAGCUGUCGGCGCUGCCCCUGAUGGAGCCCGUCCCGGGCCCGGACCUGAGCCUGUUUCCCCCGUACGGCGGCUCGUCUCCGGGCCGAGACUCCGUGCUGAGCGGCUCCUUCGGCAACGCCUGCCUCGACGGAGUCGCCGACUACUACGCGCAGCUUGCGUGCAAGAACAUGCUGGGCAACCCCCCCACCCCUCCGGCCUCGCUGCCGCCCACCCCCCCUCCGGCGGCCAAGCAGAAGCUUCUCAAUGGCUUCGAGGCGGCGAGCGGGAAGGACGCGCGGCAUGUCCCGCCCCAGGCCGGCGGAGAGCGCGGCGCCGCCUUGGGGCCUGACCCGGGGGCGUCCCGCGACCCCUUCGAAGGCGGGCCGGCGUCCGAGGGCAAAGAGCCGCGCGGGCCGGUCGACGUGGACGUGCCCGCCUCCCUGCCCACGCCGCCGCACAACAACCAGGAAGAACUACGCACGCGGGACUGGUCUCCCGGCGGCUUUGUCCCGUCCUCGUCCCCCGAGAGCGUGGCCGACGCGGAGCUCAGCAGGUAUCCCGACCUGUCCUUUGUCAAGACGGAGGCGCCGUCACCCUGCCCGUCGCCGCCCAUUCCCAUGACGCCCUGCUCCCGGGGCAAAGGCUCGGCGCUGAAGCGGGAAGUCAAGACGGAGCCCGGCCGCCAAUCGGAUCUGGUGACCGUCGCCGUCGCCUUGAACCCCAGCGCCUCGCAGAACGUUCCCGCCGUCAUGGCGAUGCUGGCCCAGCUGCUGCGGCUGCCGGCCUUCGUCGGCUACCGACUGAGCCUGGACCCGCUCGCCCCGCCGGCCGGAGUCUCGGCGCCGCUACCCGAGGCUUCGGCGAGCGGCAGGUGGCAGAGAGCGGCGCUGCCGACCGCCGCGAGCGGAGACUCGGUCCGACGCGGACGUGGCGGCCGGCCCGCCGUCUCCAGGCCGCCGUCGUGCAGCUUCUGCAAAGUGUUGCUGGGAAACGGAGUCCGCAAGAUCAAAGAGGAGGGUCCUCCCAGUCUGCUGUUCUGCAGCCCCAACUGCUCGGCGCUCUACUCGUCGGGUCCGAAGGGCGGCGGGGGCGGCGCCGACGAGCCGGCGGUCCCGCCCCCUCCUCAGCACCGCUACGCCAACAACAUGUCAUCCAUCGCCGUCCACUCACUCCCGCCGGCCCCCGCGCGGAGCGCCGCCGCCUCCCCGCCCCCUCGCUUCCCCUCCGCCUCCGUCGUCACCAUGGAGACCCGCCCCCGCGCGGACGGCCUCAAGGUGAAGGUGAAGCUGAAGCCACACCCCCAAGCCUUCCCCGAGGGCAAGCGCCCGAAGAGUUCACGCUGGCGGCGCUGGAACGCCAACGUGGCUCUGAGCAGGGGCCCCGUGUCCGACAAGACGGCGGCCGCGCCGAGCGAGGAGGAAGUGGACGCGUUGUUGAAGAAGUUGGGGGCGUGUCUGCGGCCGGAGCCCUUUCCGGCGGAUCAGCGCAGGUGUUGCUUUUGCCACCAGCAGGGCGACGGCGCGACCGACGGAGCCGCCAGACUGCUCAACCUCGACUUGGAUUUGUGGGUGCACCUGAACUGCGCCCUGUGGUCCAGCGAGGUGUACGAGACUCAGGCGGGCGCUCUGAUCAACGUGGAGUCGGCGCUGCGCCGCGGCCUGACGCUGCGCUGCGCCCACUGCCAGCAGACGGGCGCCACCAGCGGCUGCAACCGGCUGCGCUGCACCAACACGUACCACUUCACCUGCGCCAUCGGGGCGCGCUGCACCUUCUUCAAGGACAAGACGAUGCUGUGCCAGCUGCACCGGCCCAGGGCGGGCCCCGCCGGCGGCGGCUCGCCGUCCUCGGCCCCGGGCCCGCCCCCCGAAUCCCCCUACGACUCGGAGCUGCGCUGCUUCGCCGUCUUCCGCCGCGUGUACGUGCAGCGGGACGAGGCCCGGCAGGUGGCGGCCAUGGUGCAGCGCGGAGAGCGGCGGCACAGCUUUCGCGUGGGCAGCCUUCUCUUCUGCGCCGUAGGCAGGCUCCUCCCCCGCCAGAUGAGCGCCUUCCACGACGCCGCCGCCAUCUUCCCCGUCGGCUACCACGCCGACCGCAUCUACUGGAGCAUGCGUCACGGCGACAGGCGCUGCCAAUACAUGUGCUUCAUCGAGGAGCGGGAGGCGCGGCCGCUCUUCAAGGUCAAAGUGGUGGAGAAGGGCUACGACGAAGUGGUCCUGACGGCCCCCACGCCCAAAGGCGUGUGGGAGCAAAUCCUGGAACCCGUGGCGCGGCUCAGAAGCUCCGGCGGGACGCUCAAACUCUUUCCGGACUUCCUGAAAGGAGAAGACCUCUUUGGCCUGAGCGCCUCGGCCAUCUGCAGGAUCAUCGAGUCCUUACCGGGCGUGGAGGCGUGCGAGCGCUAUACCUUCCGCUACGGCCGCAACCCGCUGAUGGAAUGGCCGCUGGCCUUCAACCCGUCCGGCUCGGCCCGCUCGGAGCCCAAAGCCAGCCAGGCCAAGAGGCCGUACCUGCUGGCUAGCAUGGCGCCGCGGUGCCAGGGCUCAGUGGGAGCCAUCGUGGGCGCCGUCCCAGGGGUCAUUUCGCUGUCGCCGGGCGAGACGGUGGCGGGCGCUCACCAGGGGCGCCACUCCAAGCUGGCGCAAUAUCGCCGCAUGAAGACUGACUGGAAGACCAACGUCUACCUAGCGCGCUCGCGCAUCCAGGGCCUGGGACUGUAUGCCGCACGAGACAUCGAGAAGUGCACCAUGGUCAUCGAGUACAUCGGCGCCAUCAUCAGGAGCGAAGUGGCCAACCGCAAGGAGAGACUCUACGAGAGUCAGAACCGAGGCGUGUACAUGUUCCGGAUCGAUAACGACUACGUGAUCGACGCCACCAUCGCCGGAGGACCCGCCAGGUACAUCAACCACUCGUGCGCCCCCAACUGCAUGACUGAGGUGGUGAGCGUGGAAAAGGAGAACAAGAUCAUCAUCAGCUCCUGUCGACGCAUUCAGAGGGGAGAAGAGCUGUCCUACGAUUACAAGUUUGACCUGGAGGACGACCAGCACAAGAUCCCGUGUCACUGUGGCGCUUUCAACUGCCGCAAGUGGAUGAACUGAGCCGAGAGUCGGAUUGGCGGGCGGGCGGACGGCUGAGCCGACGAGCGAGAGGCUGGUCCUCUGUGUGUAAAUGUGUAGAAAGACCGGCAGAUGAUUUGCUGUAAAAUACUUUUGGUUUGUUUUUGUAUUUAUUACUAAGAGAACUUAUUUUUUAAUCACUCUCCUUUUGUGUUUGGUGGCGAGUGGCAGCCUGUAAAAAAAAGAAUAAUAAUAAUGAAAUCACCCUUUGGACAAGAUCCAUUUUCAAUUUGCCAUUGUGUCCAUUUUUGUUGGGGACCACGCCCCGUCUUGCUUUUUUUCCCCCUUACAGCGUGAUCAUGAUUAUGAAUUGAUUUUUUUUUAUUUUUAUGUGGACCCUGAUUUGGAAACAUGUUCAUCAAAAUAAAAUAUUUUACAUCUUGAACAA